AUGCUCACAAAGAAGGGAGUGGAAGGUGGAAGAGCAAUAUCUGAUGAAGAUAGAGUUCCACUCUGGAAGACACCUCUGACGAAAUAUUACACACACCAAGCAAAUGAGGCUAACUGGAAAGACUCUGCAAUGAGGAAACGAAACUUUCACAGGGAUGAGUUCCUGCAUUGCACGAGUUGCAGGAAGGAGUGCAGGUUCCAUCUCAAGAGCAUACUAGACAUUAAGAACUACCAUGAAGCUUUGGACAACAAAUCCUUGACUUGUUCUCUUUGGCCUUACCAAAAAAUAAUCUGCGAUGAUGAUGACGAGAGACCAAGUCUGAGAGUAAGCAGGGGCUGUUCUCGUUCUUCAACUUGCCAAGGCUGCUCAACUUGUUACUGCGAAGGGUGCAUCAAGUUCCGCUUUGAGGAUUGCAAUUGCCAAGAAUGCAGAGACUUUAUGCUUUAUGCUGAACCUUAA